AUGGCACACAUACCAGUAGAGAUUCUCUUGCAGAUCAUCCAGGCAGCAGUUGACACAAUCCCAAUCCCAGAUCUAUCAAGAACAGGCCUCUUCUCCAACGAAAUAACAACUCUCCUCCUCCAAAGCCCCCGCCUAGAAGACGACGGGUUCGGCUUCGCCCACGAAAGCCGACACGCACAAGGGAGACGCUAUAAAAAAUGGUGGACUAAAUUCCCCACGCAAUGGAAACGUCAAUAUCUCCACCAAAAGGUGCAACAACACCCCACCAACCGCUGCAUAUUCACCACCUCCAUCCACGAACUCCUCGCCAUCCCACAUGCCCCUCGCACAAAAGACCAAGAACAUAUACUAAUAGACAAGUUAAUCGACGCCUGGCUGUGCGGCAGAUUCAGGCCAUUCCGUGACGUCUACGAUCACAGACGAUUUACUUGGCAAGCGAAACCCUGGAUAUCGGCUGAACGCACAAUGGAUGUAGCGCUAGCGACUAGCGCGAUUAUCAGGGGCGAUUGUGCGGAAUUGAAGAGCCUUAUUGACAGACAUUAUGAUCCUAAUUAUGGAUCUCUUGUGUUUCUUUGGGGUACGACUGAGCGAUUUGGUUGGAUUCGGCUGCUCGAGGUUGCUGGGGCGAAGGGGUCGCCGGAGGCGAUUCAGUUUCUGCUUGCAAAUGAUUCCAAGGGAAAGUUCGAGAAUUGGUGUCGUCUUAACGGUAUGUUCGAACUGGCUGCGAAGUUGGGGAAUAUGGGGGCUGUGAAGGGGUGGAUUGACUAUUUCAAGAGGAUGAAUGAAGAUCUUGAGGCUCGAUUGAGUGCUGCGGUGAUGACUGCUGUUCGGGUUCGAAGGCCCGAUGUUGUGGAAUUUAUCGAGGAAGAGAGCGGGAUUCAGUUUGAUAAGUCUCAUGUCUUGUUUGACAUGUUCAUGGAUGGUGUUGUUAGGAUGCGAAUGAGCCAAGUGCAGUACUACCUCAACUGGGGCGGGUUCGAUAUCAACAUGCAGACUGAGAGGUUUCGGUAUGGACCAGUGAACGGUGCAAUCUAUAGGUGCAAGGGCGUGCCUGAUCUACAGCUUGUGGCUUUUCUUUUGGAACAUGGAGCAGAUCCGAAUCGAUUUAACCCGACAGCAAAACUGACGCCGUUGCAAAUCGCCGUGCAAACGAGAAAUGUUGCACUUGCGAAGCUACUGAUUGAAUAUGGCGCCGAUAUUAACGCAUCACUAUGGUUUCAGAGGAGGAAAUCUACCAUAUCUCUGCUACAGGUCGCGGUGGAUGGUAGAUCGGUCCCCAUGGUUCGCUUUUUAAUAGAGAACGGGCUGGACAGAGAGUAUAUGUACAAAGGGAGAACGGUCGAGGUCAGAGGGGACACAGUUGAGGGUGAUAACUCCCAAUUGCGCUUUCAGCGGAAGAUGCAGGAUGGCUCGAAACCAGUCGUUGACGAAACGGGCUAUGUGGUAUUCUUGGGUGACAAGGCUGAGAAACAUCGAACGGUGGUAGGAAGUCAAGCAUAG